AUGCGCAUUGAGGCUGAGAUGAUACCCCUGGAGAUGAACGCCAGCAAAGAAGUGAAGCCACAACUCUCUUGGUAUCUAGCAACGCCACUUCGGGCUCUGGAACGACAGGUGGAGGCAGCAUUUCUGUCUGGCAACUUCAUGCAUUCAGACCACUUCUCGAGAUUGUUGGACAAAAUUGUUGUUGCAGUCGGCGCUGACAAAGAUGAAUUGGCAACAUCCAUGUUACUUCGAAUUCUGAACCGAAUCAUGGGGAAUUGCAGUGACUAUGUUACAACCCUAGCAAUGUACGAGAAUGCAGCGGAGUGCUAUGGGAAUAUGGAGAAGACAUUUUUGAAGGAGGGUUCUCCGAUACAAAGAUUUCUGCAAUUGCUCCUGGAUAACAAAUUGUUUGCUAUUACGGUCAAUUCAAUUGACAAAAACGAAGGAAACAUUGUCGAAAGCCAAUGUAUCGUCAUUAAUUUGUUUGCAGAUCAUCGUCAAAGUGCAACUGAUGAGACGAUGCUUCCGGAAAUUGAUGUGAAGCUUGAACAUUGUGAAGCCAGUUUUUUCUCGAAACCAGACUUCAAGGUGGUGACGUCAUCGCAAGAUUUUCAAAAUUUUCAAAAUUUUGAAAAUGAAUCAGAAGAAGACAUAUAUGCAUCCUCUACUUGUACCUGGAAUGAGAAGGAUGACAACAAUAACGGCGAUGAAGAGCAGUCAAUUUCAAGUGUCUCAACUUUUCACGACAGUGAAAUCACCGAUGAAUGUCAAGGAAAGGAGUAUGUCUUGGAUGACGCAACAAGCAUAAUUGAUGAUGACGACAAAGAUGAAAAUUCCUCUGAUGAGUAUGAUGGAACGACUGAAGAAGAGGAAGACGUGGAGGGUUAUAACUUGACCCACCAUGAUAGAGCAAGGACCGACGAUGAGGAACAAUUCUUUUCUAAUGGAGAGGUAGAAGAGCCAUCUCUUGGGAUGGGAUGCAUCGGGUUGAAGCUGGAUGAUGAAUGGGAAAAUGGAUCCAACGGGCUUCGCCUACAGCUUGUUUAUGAUGGCAACAACAAGUACUAUGGAUUCCGUAUCUUUUUGAACAAUCCUGAUGUCGAUGGUGAUGGCCAACAAGACAAGGUUUUGGUUGUGGGCUUGUUUGAGAAGCCGAUUCAACGGCGGGAACCAAAUGAUGAACUGAUCGAUUGUGGCUUGAAACAGGUAAUUGGAUUUGUUAGCUGUGACAAGAAGAAUUCCUGGGCGACUAUGGGCAUGAUGGACAGCGCGAGUGAACUGUAUCUUCUGUACCCAACCAAAAAGCACUUAUAA